AUGCUGACGAUAUCAAUGCCUACAACCGCACCUCGUCUUUUCUCUCCGAUCGAAUUGGCGUCCACAUCUGUACUUCAGCCCAAUGAUGCGCUUACACUUACACCUGUGUCCAUGUCGUCGGAAACCCAAGCACGCAGGCCGAAACUAUCACUACAGACUUCGAAUUUGACGCCGACCUUUCAUGCCAGCAGUGGCCCCGUUGAUAUGGCCAACAAGCUGGGUACUACGACGCCAACCACCUUCAAUACAUUCAACAAUGCUUUUGAUCUUACUUUCCGACCAUCACCGGUUAUCUCAGCUUCGUCGCCGGUCACUCCAAAACGGCCCCAACAGAAAUCGAUCCACAAAUCAUUAUCUCCAACAGGGACGUCUCAGGCGCCGUACACUUUGAGCCUGCCAUUUGGCGUGCGCUCGAUUCUUAAGAACUCCCCUGUGCCGCAAUAUGGCCCUCGAUGCUCGACCUGUUCUGCCGGUGCCAGUCCUGCACUGCCUGUUCCAGGCAGACGAGCUUUCUUCCCAGCCCUCAAGAAGGUCACAUUUCGUUCGAACUUGGAGGAAGAGAUCGUGACUAGGGAAUAUAUAUUGCGUCACGUUGACCUGAGCUCUUCUUCCGAGGAGACGAAUUCAUCCGAGACAGAAGAUUCAAGCAGUGGCUCUAUGGAUGAGGCAGAGGAGGUCAAAGAGAUGCUGUCGAUAAGAGUAGAUGAAUGCUAUGGGCGGGGCAGGAGAAAACGCAAAGUUCGGCCGGUUUCUGAAACAUCGUCGGAGUCGAUAGAUCGUGGCAGAGACGAAAGGUCGAGAAGCACUUCAGCACGAAGAAGCAAGAGAAAGAAGAGGCGAUGGGAAUGGACCUUGCCGCCAGUACAAACGGAACCCACAGACCUAAAAGGCAAACAGGUGGACAGUACAGCUAUAGUACAGGACUACGUAGAGGGUGAGACGGGAGACGGCGGAGACAUACUUCCUCGGUCUAAAGACGUUGGGGACGAUAACGAAGCUACGAGGUUGUAG